UUGUUUUUAGAUAUUAAUUAACAUUAGUGACAAACAACGUGGAUCCACGUUUAAUAUUUAAUAUUGACUAUAUUUUAAAAAUUUAAUCAUGAUAUGGAUAAUAUUUAUUUUAAUAACCUGUGUAAAAUUUUUGUUUAUACCUGCAUAUCGUUCGACAGAUUUUGAAGUCCACAGGAAUUGGUUAGCAAUAACACAUAGUAAACCAAUUUAUUUGUGGUACUUUGAGAACACCUCAGAAUGGACAUUAGAUUACCCACCAUUUUUUGCAUGGUUCGAGUUUAUGUUAUCGCAUAUAGCAAAAUAUUUCGACCCAAACAUGCUAAACGUGAAAAAUUUAAAUUAUGCAUCUGAUAUGACCGUGCUUUUCCAAAGAUUAUCAGUAAUGGUAACAGAUCUCUUGCUGCUAUUUGGAACUCGAGAGUGUUGUAAUUCAUUAGGUAAAAGUAACUCACAGCCUAAAACUUUUUUGGCAGUUUUAAUAUUGUGCAAUGCAGGUUUAUUUAUGGUUGAUCACAUACAUUUUCAAUAUAAUGGAAUGCUGUAUGGAAUACUUCUAUUAUCAAUUUCUUGCAUAAUGAAGGAACAAUAUUUGAUGUCUGCUUUAUGGUUCAGUAUUUUAUUGAAUUUGAAGCACAUUUUUGCAUAUGUGGCUCCAGCUUAUGUGGUUUAUUUAUUAGGCAGUUAUUGUCUGCAAGGAAAUUUUGAUUUGUCUAAAACUGCAAAACGAAUAUCUAAAUUAGUAUUGAUAGGAUUCAUUACUUGUGCAGUAUCUUUUGGUCCGUUCAUUAGACAAAUUUCUCAAGUUAUGGCGAGACUAUUUCCAUUUAAACGUGGAUUGUGCCAUGCAUAUUGGGCUCCAAAUUUUUGGGCAAUUUAUAAUGUAGCUGAUAAGGCUUCCACUAUUACUGCAAAAAAACUUGGAUAUUCUGUUUCUAAUAGUACUGCAACAAUGACUGGAGGUUUAGUGGAGGAUGUUGUCCACACAACAUUACCAACAAUAACACCUUCAAUUACAUUCUAUUUAACAUUUCUAACUAUCGUGCCAGCUUUAAUUAAAUUGUGGAGAAUCAUUAGAUUCAACAAAACCCCGAUUGUGAUAUCGCCUCUACAAUUUAUUCGAUGUUUAGUGAUUUGCGGCGCCUGUUCUUUCUUAUUUGGAUGGCAUGUUCAUGAAAAAGCUAUUUUGAUGUUAAUUAUUCCUAUGAGUAUAUUAGCGGUAUUAGAAAAAGAAGAUGCCAAAAUAUUUUUAAUGUUAUCGACAAUUGGUCAUUAUUCGUUGUUUCCUUUAUUAUUUACAAAUGAAUUAUUGUUGCCGAAAGCAUUAAUUUUUAUUAGUUAUUCGGGUAUAGCUUUUAAGUUUUUAUCUCAAUUAUUUCCAGAGAGCAACAAAAAUCGAUUAUGUUUACCUUUAUUAAAUAUUUUGGAGAGUAUGUACAUUUAUGGUCUAGGAUUUUUAUUUAUUUAUGAGAAUUUUUUACAUAAAAUAAUAUUUAAAGAAAAAUUGCCGUUUUUACCUUUACUAUUAACAUCUUUAUAUUGUGCUAUGGGGGUGAUGUAUAGUGUUUUGUGUUUUUAUAAAUAUUUCUUAUGUUUAAGUGAAGGUACCAAAGGAUUGUAUAAAAAGAAAAGAAAAUAA